GUCGACACAGAACAGACGCACAGAAUCACAGACGGAGUGCACCAGUGGUCCGGAUAGAUUUUCAAGUCAGUUCGACAACAAACAUCGGCGCGUUGGGUGCAAUCGCACCAUGCGCGAUCUGGCCAGUAAGAUGGCCGAGCUAAAAUUCGAGGCACCCCUUGCCCAAUUCGACGACGGGGACGAUUGGGGCUCCGCUGAGUUCCAGAACGGGUUCAAGAACGAGAACAACCUGAACAACAUCAACAUCGGCAAGAAGACGAAGGACCUGAGCGACGUGCUCAACGAGAACGAAGAUAUGGUCAAUAAUUCCACCCUGGAUACGAUAUCGCAGAACAAGAAAAAUAUACUGUCGAACGCCGGGGGGGACGUGCAGUCUGUGUCGGAUAACUUCACCGAGACCUUCUCCGGGUCCCUGGAGGACUUAGUGAAUACCUUCGAUGAUAAGAUCACCAAGUGUUUCGGGAAUUAUGAGGAGUCUGUGGAGAAGCUUGCCCCGGUUCAGGUUAGGACGCAGGAAGAGAUCAUGAACGAAUGCCAAAUGUGGUGGACGAUCACAGGCAAUUUUGGGAAUAUUCUACCAAUAGACUGGUCGAAAUCUUACGCUAGGAAACUUCAUAUGCCAGCCCUCAAUUUAAACGAAAAGGGUUCUCGAACACCCGAAGAAGACCUAGAACUAUCUUCCGAAGACGAAGCAGUAGCUAGCGAUCUGGACAUGCAUGCACUCAUUCUGAACGGAAUUCACCAAGACACCGAGCCAUUAAAGACAGCCGAUGAAGUGAUACAAGAAAUAGACGACAUGAUGCAAGAGGAUUCUUGUUCUGAUGAAAACGGGGACCUGAUAGUAGAAAAUAACGAAGUGUUGGAGAAGGCCAAAGAGGUACUUAGUACGCCUCUUUAUGAAGACAAACUGAGAGAUCUCAGUCUAUCACAGCUCAACGAGCUGUUCCUCGAACUCGAAGUACUCAUACGAGAGUUUUCCGAAACCCUGAUCUCAGAGCUGGCUUUACGCGAUGAAUUGGAAUACGAAAAAGAACUGAAGAACACUUUCAUUUCUUUGCUGCUUGCCGUACAGAAUAAGAGACGACAGUAUCACGUGGAAAAGAAGAGGAACUCCAAGAAUAAUACUAUAAAAACUCCCAAUGGACUCGAUCCUAAGUAUUUGACAACAGUGAUUCCAUACCAUUUAGAUAGUGGACCACCAGAUAACCAAUCUCUUCAAGUUCUUAUAAAAAUACUGAAAGCCAUAAAUGAAGAUAGUCCUACUGUUCCAGCUUUAUUAACAGAUUACAUUUUGAAAGUUAUAUGUCCAACGUAAAAAGCUAAAGUAAUAAUAUAAGCUGGAGAAAGAGGCACAGAAAAUCUAGGAGGAUACUAAUAAUUGAAAAUUAGUAUGUAAGAUUUUAGCUUCACGACUAUUGUAUAUUUUGUUUGCUCUUUUUAUCCAUCAGAAAAUAUUGAAUUGAUGUUGAUAUUGUUCCCGUGUUUUUUCGUUUUAUCCUCUUGUAAAUAUUCGCUUGAAAUACUCUAGUCUAACGAUUGUUUCGAAGUGACAAUGGACAUGUUGAUACUUGAAGGUUUAUUGAUGAUCUUUUUCUAGUUUAACAUUGUCAAAUUUUGAUUUUCAAGUUCAAUUUUGGUGUUCUCAACGUUUACUGACCUGAAUGUCAUUCUUGCCUUAAAUAUAAGAUACACUCUAGAUACUGAAGUGUAACCAGUUUCUCUGCAGCAUGAUAAUUGUUUCAGAUGUGUUAAAUUUUUUAAAAUUUUGUUUAAUCAUUUCAUUCUAUCCUAAAUUGUGAAAAUUCAUCAAUGUUUCGAAUGUAUGUUGAGUGUUUUGUGAUCAAGCCUUUAUAAUUUUAUUAUUGGAAUAUUUACGAAUUUUGCUGUGAAACAAAUGCCAUUAUACUUCAUGGAAAAUUGAAAAAAUGAUCAAAAUAAUAUUUUUAGCAAUUUUUAUGGACUGAAUCAGAUGGAAUGAGUUUCAAAUGUGAGAACUGAAACGGUUUUCUAUGUGGUAUAAUUCCCAGAAAAAGCACAUAAUCUUGAGUGCAAUAUGCACAUAAUUUGUAUUAUAUUUUUCCUUACGAUUGUGUAUAAAGUGAUAAUAGCUUAUUUAAACAAAUAAUUUAUUUGCAAUUUUGCGAUUACUUAUUACAGCAAGUAUUUCUUGCUCGUUUGCUUGUGGAGGUUGACUGAACAAAAUAGCUGAUUGAUGCAACUAAAAAAUUCCAGAAAUGUCGUAUGAAAUGGAAAUGAAUUGUCUUUCGGAAAUCUUUGUUAGAUCUCAAUAAAUUUUCAGCCAUAAAA